UGCUUCCAUUUUCUGCACUCUUCUGGUCAGAGAUUUGCAGCUAAAAGAAACAAAAAACACAUCAAGAAACCCUUUUCUUCUUUUCUUGUUUCUCUCUUUAAUUAUCAUACUUGCUUGCCUUUUCUUUUUUUUUUCCUUUCCUUUCCUUUCCUUUCCUUUCAAGUUUGGAAUCAUGGUGUACCCCAAUGAAUCUCGCGAGGACUCUUCCCAGAAGAAAACGGGGAGGGGAAAGAUCGAGAUCAAGCGGAUCGAAAACACGACGAACCGUCAAGUUACCUUCUGCAAGCGGCGCAACGGGUUGCUGAAGAAGGCCUACGAGCUCUCGGUUCUCUGCGAUGCCGAGGUCGCUUUGAUCGUCUUCUCGAGCCGUGGCCGCCUCUAUGAGUAUGCUAAUAACAGUGUCAAAGAAACAAUUGACAGGUACAAGAAGGCUUGUGAUCCCUCCAAUACUGGGUCAGUUGCAGAAGUUAAUGCUCAGUAUUACCAGCAAGAAGCUGAAAAACUCCGCAACCAUAUUCGGAAUCUGCAGAAUACAAACAGGCAAAUGCUGGGUGAGUCCCUGGUGGGAUUGCCUAUGAAGGAUCUUAAGAGCUUGGAGGGUCGUUUAGAAAGAGGAAUAAGUAGAAUCCGUUCCAAGAAGAAUGAGCUGCUGUUUGCAGAAGUUGAGUAUAUGCAGAAAAGGGAGAUUGACUUGCAUAACAGUAACCAACUUCUCCGAGCCAAGAUAGCCGAGAACGAAAAGAAGCAACAGAACAUGAACUCGAUGCCAGGAGGAUCGAAUACCUUCGAGGCGAUUCAAUUGCAACAAUUUGACUCUCGGAACUAUUUUCAAGUCGAUGCUUUACAACCCUCACAUUAUUACCCUCAGCAACAUGACCAGAUAGCCCUUCAAUUAGUCUAAUGUUGCCGGGGUGUACGUGGUGGUAAUCGCGGCGGGGAAGUUGAGAUAUUAAGAUGAAAAAAGCUACUAUAUAAGGCAGGAAUAAAUUAAUUAACUUUUCUUAAAUGGAGGACUGUAGAACUCUUCUGCCAUGUCUUAAGAUAUGUAGAGUGUGUGUGUAAGACUGAUAAGUUUGUUUUCAGACAAGGAGACUUGUUCCAUAU